GACACCUUUUGCCCCCUUUUGCCCCGGCCCUCUCCAUGCCUAGUCCAGGCCUCAUCUUUGUCGCUCUUCUUCUUCUCACCUUAAUUCAUGAGACUUGCAGUGCCAAAGAUGAACGUCACUGUCCACCUUCUUCUUGUGGAAAUAAUUUGAAUAUUAGCUACCCUUUCCGAUUAAACACAGAUUCGCCUAAUUCCUGCGGAAUGACUGCAGAUCCAGUCUAUACUCUAUUCUGUGAGAACAACCUUACAGUAUUUCCUUCUCAAUCAGGAAAAUUCUACGUGAAAGCAAUCAAUUAUGACAAUCAAACAAUUCGAGUAGCUGACGCUAGUGUUAAGGAGGGGAGCUGCUCCAUACCUCAAUAUUCCUGGGACUUCUCAACAUCUUUUGGAUAUUCUUAUGAUUAUUUGGAGAGCAUUCUUUUCAUAAGUUGCGGAAAUCUUGUAAGUGAUCCUCUUUAUGUGGAAGCUCCUGCCUGCAUUAAUCACAGCUCUUUCUCCACACCUUAUAGCCCUAAAUCUGAAGGCAAAAGGUAUUAUUAUGUGAAAAUUGGAAGGACAACUCCACUUGAGUUAAAACCCUCAUGCCGUAUUGAGCUAUCGGCACUUAAAGCUUUCAUACGGGAGAAGAAUUAUGAGAACCUCUCCUACCUGGACAUCCACCAUUGGUUAGCAUAUGGAAUUGCGUUGUCGUGGAGGUAUGCUUCGUGUGGAGAGACAGAUCCUUCCUACAUUAAUAUGGAAAACCAGUGUGUUCCUUAUCCAGCGAACAACCAAGUUUACGAAGAUUUCAGCAUUAUAGUUGUAGCCGUACUUGAUAUUGUUGCUUUCUAUCAUGGUCUAGUAGCUGUUCUUGGAAUUCCAAGUUUCAUCAUAUUUUUAGUCUUCAAAUGGAGGAGAAGGCAUUUAUCCAUGUAUAAUUCUAUUGAAGAAUUCUUGCAAAGUAACAACAACCUCAUGCCUGUAAGGUAUUCUUACUCAAAGAUCAAGAAGAUGACCAAUGGUUUUAAGGAGAAAUUGGGUGAAGGAGGUUUUGGUCAAGUUUACAAAGCAAAGCUUCAGAGUGGUCGCUUCGCAGCAAUAAAAAUGUUGGGCAAAUCAAAAGCUACAGGGCAAGAUUUUUUCAAUGAAGUAGCCACCAUUGGAAGAAUUCACCAUGUCAAUGUGGUACAAAUGAUUGGCUUUUGUGCUGAAGGAUCAAAACGUGCCCUUGUCUAUGACUUCAUGCCAAAUGGAUCUCUUGAUAAACAUAUUUUCUCAAAAGCAGGCAAUAUUGCAUCUUUGGGUUGGGAAAAUCUAUACAAGAUUUCUCUAGAAGUGGCUCAUGGAAUAGAAUAUUUACACCGAGGUUGUGAUAUGCAGAUCUUGCAUUUUGAUAUCAAGCCUCACAACAUUCUUUUAGAUGAGAACUUCACUCCAAAAAUCUCUGAUUUUGGUCUUGCUAAGUUAUACCCAGUCAAAGGUAAUACUGUGUCCUUGACCGCAGCAAGAGGAACUCUAGGAUAUAUGGCACCUGAGUUGUUUUACAAAAACUUAGGCAGUGUCUCUCACAAAGCUGAUGUCUACAGUUAUGGGAUGUUAUUGAUGGAAAUGGCUAGCAGAAGAAAGAAUGUGAACCCAUUUGCAGAGCAUUCAAGUCAGAUCUACUUUCCUUCAUGGGCAUCAGAGCAAUUGAACAAAGGAAUGGAGCUAGAAAUAAGAGAAGCCAAUGAAAAUGAAAAGAGAAUUGCAAAGAAAAUGAUCAUUGUAGCUUUGUGGUGCAUACAAAUGAAGCCAAGUGAUCGCCCUUCAAUGAACAAAGUCAUAGAGAUGCUUGAAGCAGAACUUGAGAGCUUACAAAUGCCUUCUGCCCCUUUCCAGCUUUAUCCCCAUGCAAUUCAACAAGAUGCUGUAACAAAGAAAACCAACAUCACAGAGUCUACUAGUUCUUCUUCAUGCAAUGAUAUAGAGACUGAGUCAAUUAGUUUACUUGGAAAUGAAAAUUAGGUGGGAUGGUUGCAAAAAAAGUAUGUAUAGGUUAGCCCUUUUGCAGUGUAACUAAUGUGGUAAUGAGUUCCGUGUUGUGCUAAUAUGUUUGGCAACCUAAUGGUUGUGUAUAUUUUGAAGUGCAUGAAUUAGCUCUAAUUAUGUAGCCUAUAAAUUCAAUCGGAGGAU